AUGAAACCGCAAUAAAUACCACAGUAAGCUGCUUAAAGUGAUCAUGAGUUUGAUAAACAUCAUCAUCAUCAUGAAAGUUAAGCAGAUGAUCAUGGUGAUGAAAAUCACUUAAGAGAAUACACAGCAAAGGAAUUAAGGAGUAUUAAAAUCUAAGGUGUUAUAUGUUUAAUUGGAGGAAUUGCUUUACAUUUUGUAUUAGGAACAUUUUAUCUAUGGGGUGGAAUUAGUAUACAUUAUUUAUUAAGAAUAGGUCCAUAUGUUGGUGCUUAUAUGAAAGACAGAGAUGAAAGUGUCACAUAAUCUACACUCUAGAUUAUAUUUCCAAUAUUAGGAAUUGGAUUAUUUUCUGUCCUUUCGUUUGGAGUUAAAUUGGCUCAACGAAUUGGAUACAAAACAAUGAUUGCAUUAGGUGGAAGCAUAAUAUCACUGGCUUUUUUAAUAUUGUCAUUCAUAAACAAUAUUUAUGCAUUCAUUUUGAUAUAUUGUUUUAUGAUUGGUAUUCCAUCUGGAUUAGUAUAUAUGUUACCUAUAAGUAUGAUAUUAUUAAAUAAGUAGUAUGUGGAUGGAAAUUCUUUCCUUUUAAUAGAGGAAUGGUAUCUGGUUUAAUUAUUGCUGGAUAUGGAUUUGGAGCAUUUAUUUUUAAUUUUGUGUGUAAGGCAAUUUGUAAUCCAAAUAAUGUGGAACCAAGUGUUUCAUUUGAAGAAGAUGGAAAAUAAAAAAAAUACUUUCCCAGGGAUGUAUUUAAGAAUGUCCCCUUUAUGUUUUAAAUGAUGGCAUUGUAAUUUAUUUUUUAUAUCUAAUUUUAGAUCCUAUUUUAUAUUAACAAUAAUAGCCACAUUAUUAAUAAAAUAUCCAAGAGAUCUUCAUCUAGAAUAUUAAUCUGUUUUAGGAGAUGGAGUUAAGAAACCUAGUGGAAUAAAUCAUGAAAAAUCAAUAGAUUAUCAUCCAACAGUAUUACAUGCAGAAUGUGAAUCUUUAAGUUAAGGAAUCAAAUCAAGACCAUUUUGGUUUUUAAUUGUUAUGGUUUUAUGUUCAGUGAUAUUUGGAUUAUUGAUGGCAAAUUGUUAUAAAGUGUUUGGUUAAACUGUAAAUCUAAAUGAUUAAUAAUUAUUUAGCUUGGGAUUGAUGACUCAAGUUUAACAGUACUUGGUUCAGUAUAAUCAGUAUGUAAUGGAGGAUCAAGAUUUAUAUGGGCUGUGUUAUUUGAUAAAUAUGGAUUUAAAAAACUUUAUUUAGUUAUUUCAGUAAUUAAUUUGAUAUGCAGUGCUUCAAUUGGAUAUAUUAACAAUAGUUAUGCUGGAUAUUUUAUAAUUUUAUGUUUGACAAUGUUUUGUGAAGGUGGACUAUUAUCAUGUUAUCCUGCUGUUAGUGCUAAAGUUUUUGGACAUAAAGUAAAUAAAAAAUUAAUAUAUAGGUUGGACCUAUUAUUUAUGGAGGUUUAUUUUUUGUGAUAGGAUUAUCAAACAUGUUGGGAUAUUUGUUGUACAAAUUUGGAGAACCAGAAAUAGGAUAUAAUGGAGUAUUUUGGAUAAUAUUUGGAUUUUGUAGUGUAGCAUUUAUCUUGGGAGUAUUCUUUAAAGAGGAGCAUGAAUGGAAAAAGGAAAAAAGAUGA